AGCAGCCAUAAUAGCUUGCGUUUGGGGAACCAUAUUUUGUCUCCAGGAAAGCAAUGCCAUCAAACGCGAUACUAAUACAUCCGUAUGCCUGGCCAUGAUUAUAAAGAAUGAAGGCCCGAUACUGCCGCGCUUAUUUGAUAGUGUUCGGGGUUUCGUGUCGGAAUAUUGUGUCAUGGACACAGGAUCAACAGAUGAUACUGUCGAUGUUUUGAGGUCCAUAGAUGUACCAGGUCAAGUUUUGCACGGACCAUUCAUUAAUUUCGCCCAGGCUCGUAACCUAAUGAUCGACGAAUGCCGAAAAUUGAUGAAAUCGUGCGAUUAUUUUCUGUUAUUAGAUGCCGAUAUGAUUUUAAAAGUACACCCGGAAUGGAGUUGGAACAUCAUAGACGAUAGAGAUGUUUAUAACCUCAUCCAAGAAUCCAAAGUAGAGUAUGAAAAUGUAAGACUUAUACGCCGCACAGCAGACAAAAUCAAGGUAAUUGGAGCUACCCACGAAUAUUAUGAUGUUCCUGAUGAAUAUUCUCGAGAGCUCAUCUCGAAGGAUCUAAUAUACAUCGAAGACGUUGGGGAUGGGAAAGCCAAAGGAGACAAGUUCGAACGUGAUGAGUAUUUACUCCGACAAGAUUUAGAGAGGGAUCCAUCGAAUCCCCGAACAGUCUUCUAUUUGGCAAAUACUCUAAAAGAUAUGAAGAGAUACGCUGAGGCUAUUCCACUCUACGAACAGCGCAGUUUCAUGGACAAUGGAUGGUGGGUGGAGCGGGACUACGCAGUAUACAUGCUUUGCAAAUGUUACUUAGGCCUCGAGGAUUUAAGCAACGCCAGAAAAUAUGGAGAACUCGCAGCACGAAUAUCAAAGCGGGCGGAGCCUCUCUAUGACCUCGUAUACUACCUUCAUCAUAAUGAACUCUACACGUUGGCUUGGUACUAUUACACCUUGGCAUCACAAAUUCCUAAACCGGCCGUGAAAGAGACAUUAUUUAUCGUGGGCGACAUCUACGCGUUUUGGCUUGACUUUGAAAAGGCCACCCUGUCACGGCAUAUUUUUCCUGACCAACCUAUACUAGCUCUUACAGCAGGCGUUUCAUUUCUGAAUAACAUGUAUGCCCCUCAAUAUUUGCGAGAAUAUUUUUAUCGAGAGGCUUGGAUCGAAAGUAUAAUAAAAUGCCUACGUUCAACAGUGACAUAUCACCAUUAUCACGCCUCUCAGCCUGAUAUUUUUUGGCAUUCGGUGCUCAAUAAUAGUGCUGAGACAGAAUGCAGAUACUCAACUUCUGGUGAAAGUGACCGUAGAAUUUCUGCUGACAACGUCAAAGAUACAAUUGAAAAGCUUGUCUCUAUCACCUCGCUCUCGGAGAGGCUACAGGGAUCAGCACCUUUUAGUUUAUCAAACGUUGAUGGAGGCCUGUGCCUUAAAAAAUGGUUU